GAGAGAGCGAGAGAGCGAGAGAGAGUGUGUGUGUGUGUGUGUGUGUCCUUUCCCUCAGUAGCCAGAUAACAGAACAGACAGAAUGUCUCUAAACACAGACGAAGAGGCAGAAUGUAGGAUAAAUUAAUAUUUCUUCCUCUCUCUCUCUCUCUUUCUUUCUCUCUCUCUACUUGGUUAUUUAAUUCUUCCUCUCUUCUUCUUCUCUCUCUAUCCCACCUCUAUCACUCCCAUGCCUCUUUCUCUCCCUCCCUCAUUCCAAGGACGCCCCUAUGUGUGUGUGUGUGUAUGUGUGUGUGUGUGUGUGUGUGUGUUGAGGCAGGUCUGGGCAGAGUCGGCAUGUCUGUGUGACUGUGGGGUUUGAUGGUUUGGUGGAUUUAGAAGCCCCAAAGCACACACUCAUCGCUGACUCUCACCAUCAUCGUUCUCAUCAGACAUUAUCCACGGGCAACACUCAGGGGGAAAGCAGGCAUGGAGUCAGGGUCUGAAAGAAAUGCUGGACUGGAUUCUGAACCCAGGGUGAAGACUGGUCUGGAGUCAGGGUCUGAAAUAAAUGCUGGACUGGAUUCUGCACCCAGGGGGAAAGCAGGACUGGAGUCUGGUGAGAACUGGAUUCCAGAAGAUGUGGCCCAAUGGCUGGAUCACAUUGGAGUGUCUAACGAGCCUGAGCCCGACGGAGGUCUCUCUUUGUACCAUAGUUUCCCAGGAGUCUUUGCACUGGAGGACGUCGUUCAGUGCCCCCCAGAAACAGUCCCCUUCACCAUCAACAAUGACCCCACCUCAAUGACCACUCAUCCACCGUUACUGUCCAUCCUUCUCACCCGUCGCACCUCCACACCUGCCAGGGAACCAGGUGAUGCAGCCUUGACGUUUGUGUCCCACCCCUGUGUGAGCGCCAUGCGAGGAGAGGAGGACGAGGGCGGGAAGCUUCUCUCAAGCACCAUACAAGAACAAACCAGCUACGGAGGAGGAGAGGGAGGAUGGGGGCCUCAGAGUGACAACCUGAACCCCAUGCAGCCCUCGCAGGUGGCCUCCCCACCCCUGCUGCAGCAGCCGCCCAGCGGUGCCCCCACCUCAGACAGCCAACUACCACCUUACCCCCUUACCUUCCCUCACCGCCCACUAGCUCACCCCCAGUUGCGCUGGGCUCGGCAGGAGCCUCAGGGGCAGGAGCAGCAGGCUGACGGUAGCUCCCUGGAGAAACAUGGACCUCCCCAGCCCCCUCUCCCUCACCCCCCCCAACCCUCCCUCCAGCCCAGUUUAGAGGAGCUGCCGAGCUAUGAGCAGGCCAAGGCCCAGACCCAGGGACAACACCACUACCAGGACCAGCUGUAUUAUACACUGGAGGACCACGAGAGCCUGCCUAGCCCCUCUCACACCCCAGACAGCCAGCCCUCAGCCUGGACCAGCUUAGCUCCUAACAGCCCCUCUGAGACCUCUAGCCCUGACACCAACACUGACCCCUCUCCUUUCCCCAGCCCCAGCCCACCCCUGGGCCCUCAGCAAGGCUUUAUGAGUGAUGGGGAUGGGGAUGAGGCUGAGGGUUUGUCUAUCUGGGGUGGAGGGGCCAAUGGAGACUCUACUCUGAGGCAACUGAAGCAGGGUCAUGUGUAUUCCCUCAGCCAGAGGAUCCUCCAAAUCAGCGUUGAGGCCAAUGGAACUAGUAAUCUUCCCUCUAGCAACCCCUCCCUCAGUUACCCCCCACCCCUAAACAUAACCCCACUCACAGGAUCAGUAGACUCCCGCGGACCCCCACCAGAGUACCCCUUCAAGGCCACCCAGCCGCCCUUCUGCUCCCCCUCAGGGAAACCCCAGCCCCCCUCCUCUCAUUCUGAGCUAGGCCCUCCCUUCAUUGACCCCCCCUCUUCCACAAUAAUGGACUGGUCCACAGCCCAGCCAACCAGAGCUGAGAGCAACCCCCCACCUGAGUACCAGAGCAGGCGGCACCACCCCGGGACCCUAGGGGGUCCCUCAGUCCAGUACCACCACAGUCCCACACCCUCCCAGACCCAUACCUCCACCCUUCUCCCCAACAUCCAGGUCCAGACUUCAACCCUUGUCUCUCAGCUCCAACCCCAGCCUCAACAACCUUCCCCAGGCCCCUCCGGUGUGGAGGUGGUCAUGGCAGCCAAGGUGCAGCAGAUGGUCCAGCUGCUGUGUGAGGAGAACCAGACUCUGAGACACGAGCUGCUGACACACAGAGAGAAGGCCUCCAAACUGCACUGGUUAGAGGAGGAGCUCCAGAGGAUCUCUGAAGAGUAUGAUUGGCUGAUGAAGAGCUCGUCAAAGAGGGAGGGGCUGGACCGAACAAUGAGAUGCAAACUGGAGGGGGAGAUAAGACGCCUGACUGUCUUCAACAGAGACCUGAGAGAUCGCCUGGAGACUGCCAAUCAACAGCUAGCGUGCUGUGAGCCAGAAGGAGAGGAGGAUGGACAUGCUGCUGAGCUUAGGGAUGGACUGAUAGAGAAAGAGCGUUUGGAGGAAGAGGUGGAGAAGCAGCAGCGGAGGGCAGAGAGACUGGAGUCAGCUCUGAGCAGCGCCCAGCAGAGAGCACUGCACUUAGAGGAAGAGCUGCGUGUGAAGUGUGUGUAUGCGGCACGUGUGGAAGGGUUGCAGCAUGCUGUGGUGCAGUUGCAGACGGCCUGUGAGAAGAGAGAGCAGCUUGAGAGACGCCUGCGCACACGGCUGGAGAGAGAGCUACACACACUGCGCACGCAACAGAGAGUGUGUGGGGGUGUGCUUGGGACCACUGGGCCAGGUGGGGGUGUAGGGGAGGGCAGUGUCCCUGCUCUGAGGGAGCUGCUGAGGCAGAGGGAGGAGAGGGUUCUGGCUCUAGAGGCUGACUCUACCCGUUGGGAACAGAAGUACCUGCAGGAGAACGCCAUGAGACACUUUAACAUGGAGACUGCUGCUACAGCCAACACACACAGGGACCCCUUGGUGGUGCACUCUCACAGUGGUAGCUACAGUGAGAUGACGGGCUGCACACUGUGUCAGGAGGAUGAUGUACAGCAGGCUACCAGACGCUGCAAUGACAUGGAGCACAGGAUAAGGAACCUGUAUGCCCAGCUGAUAGAGAAGGAUGCGUUGAUACAGGUUUUACAGCAACGGAACUCUCGCGGUGACCUCAGCGCCCUCCGUCCUGCCCGCUCCACCCCCUCCAUCUCCUUAGCAACAGGACUGCACCCACGACAAGCUUCUCAGACAGACGAGAGGAAAGAGAGAAACCUCCUCCCUUCCCUACCCCUCCUUCUCUCUUCCCCACCUUCCUCUUUAUCUACCACCUCCUCCCUCCCUUCCACCCUGCCUUUCUCCUCCACCCUCCCCUACUCCACUACACCAUCUUAUUCAUCCACCCUGCCUUUCUCCUCCACCCUGCCUCUCUCCUCCUCCCUCCAAUUCUCUAUCCUCCCCCUCUCCUCCUCCCUCCCCUCCACUCCUCUACUAUCCUCCCAUUCUAAGACGGGUAGUAGAGACAGCAGCACUCAGACUGACAAAGGUUCAGAGUCCCUCAAAGUCCUGCCCCUCCCCAGCAGAGCCUGGCUAGGAUUGGUCAGGACCCAGAGGACAGAUACGACUAGAACCCAUCCCCCACACCACCCAGGCACAGACUUAGUGGAGAUCCUCAUCUAAUGGACACGGUGGUGUCUUGUGAAGCUACUGCUUUACAACUGAGGAUGAAACAAACUUAAGUAGUGAUGGCUGACUGAUAGAUUGGAAACUGGAGGCUCAUUGGAUGGCAGAAAGAGAGAGAGAGAGAGAGAUAGGGGAAGACCUCUGUCCUGCUCUAAAACUGUGCCUUUAGUCUGGUAAAGUUAAUUUGCGUGUGUAUGCGUGUGUUUUUCAUCAGUUAAAUGCAUUUCAGAGGCAAGUUUACUUUGUUGGAAAGCAUGCAUUUUUGUACAAAUGAACUGUACAGAAAGAUUAGAUUUGUAAAACUUUUAUUUCUGCUGAGAGUUAAUAUUGAUUUCGUCCACAAAGACAUUUCAAACUUCUUUAAUUUUUAAAUGGAUUUUACUGUGCUGCGUGACAAUGAAUAUAAACAUGUACUUUGUCUCCC